AUGGCGGGUGUGAACGACGGCGUACAGAAGGAAUCGCAAGGGCAGUGUCAACCAUCGCCCAAACUCGCAUUCAUCCAGCUUACCGAGCCGUUAUACGGGGAGAGUGAACCUUUGCCAUUUCAAGAUCUGUUGCGACGCUACCAAAAGCACUGGAAAGAACUACCAGAGGCAGCCAAGGAUGGCAGCUCGCCAGACUGGGUGGUGACAGUUGAUCAUGUUCAGCAGAGAAUAAAGUCGGUUAUGCCCCAUAUGACCAACUUCAUCUCAUGUGAUUCCCGGCAGCCAGCCCUCCUGGAACCCAGGUCAGGCCGCGUCAUAUCACACACAAAGGUUCGGGAGUUCAUAGAAAAUUUUGAUCUUAAGCUCCCAGACCCAAGUUGUGGGAAGCCGCGGGUGGCAGUCGUUCUUCCCAACGGGCCUCUCCUGGCCCUGGCUUUGCUUGCAGUAGCGAACCGCUAUACCGUUGUGCCAAUGGCAACUACAGCAGCCCCUGAGGAACUAAUGACUGACCUUGACGCGGUCGGGGCAGAUGCAGUUCUCAUGCUUGAAUCGGAUACGAAACGGCUGCAGAAAAGGACGGAGUUACUCGUCUUCACAGUUCAACCAGAGGAUGACUUGACUUUCAGUGUUACUUGCGCAAACUCCUCCAUUGAACCGUGUCGAGCCCAACACGCUCCCAAUGGCCCGGAUGAUCUCGCCAUCAUUCUGGCCACGAGUGGGAGCAGUGGUAAAAAAAAGCUAGUUCCAAUCACCAUGUUCAAUCUUCUUGUCAGUGCAACAUUCCUGAUGGACAGUCUGGACUUGACUUCUAGGUCCCGUUGUUUGAAUAUGAUGCCACUUCAUCAUAUUGGCGGCAUAAUGCGAAGCUUGUGGGCUCCCCUUGUGGCCGGGGGUAUGACAAUCUGUUGCUCCCAAUUUGAUCCGAACCUCUUCUGGGAUAUGGUGAAAGAGCAUCGCCCAACGUGGUACUAUGCAGCACCAACAAUGCAUGAGAUGAUAGUAGCCGAAGCUGCGCAACGGGCUGAAUCUGUUAGGAAAAGCACUAUUACAUUUAUAUGCAACGGGGCAGCAGCACUGCCCCCAAGUCUCGCACAGCAGCUCCAGGACAUAUUUCAAUGCUCCUUGUCACUCAGCUAUGGAAUGACUGAGUGUGUACCCAUUACGGCACCACCUAAGGCCGGCCGCUUUAGUCGGCCAGGGAGCACCGGACUGGCCGCAGGGCCAGAGCUGGCAAUUUUCCAUACUCAGCACACGCAGCAGCGUGCCCCUACUGGCACGAUAGGUAGGAUCUGUGUCCGAGGCCUGCCCAUAUUCCCGGGUUAUCUCAUCAAAAGUGGACUGGACCGGAGCUCGUUCACUCCAGCAGGGUGGUUUGACACGGGCGAUCUCGGAUAUGUUGACGAGGAUGGGUGGCUUUAUAUCACCGGGCGGACGAAAGAAGUCAUCAAUCGCGGAGGGGAGACGAUAUCGCCGGUGGAGGUCGAGGAUGCCUUAGCUCUGGCAUUCCCUACUCCCCAUGAUGCCCUUCAAGAAGUUGUUGGUGUGGCGGUUGUAACCCCAGCAGGUCGCAUGAGGCCUGAUCUUCGUCAAAUACACAAGGCUCUGAAGGAACGACUUCAUCAGCCUAAAUGGCCUGUUCUUCUGGUUUACAUGGAUGACCUUCCUAAAUCACGGAACAAGUUGCGACGCAUCGGCCUAAGUCAGAGACUAGGGCUGGAGACAUUGACAGAUCAAGUUUCUACGGCCGAGCGGCACUACGAGGCACUGUGUCCGCCCGUGGAUACACCUGUCAGCGUACCGAUCGUUCGAACACGAUGCGAAAUUAAUUUUCGCUUGGUGGAGGGAUGCAUUGCACAAGUUUCGGGACUGUCAGAGGUAUUUUUGCAAGUCCACGCGGACGGAUACCCCCGAGCCAUCAUCUUCAGGGACGGAACUGGUGAGGUCUCGACGAAGGAGAUCCUCGCCAGCCUCUCAGAGCUUCUGCACGGAUAUCUCAUUCCCAGCAGAUUGGACGUGCUAGAUGGUCCUGUACCACGCAACACACAUGGCUUGAUUGACGAGGCUGCUGUGCAAGCCAAGCUAACUGCACUGCAUGCAACAGCCACGUCAAGCACGCAGCAGCGGGUAUCUAAUCUCUUCGCAACGGCACUCAGAGCUGCCCCGGAAGAUAUGACGCCUGCGACCGACUUUUUCGAGUCGGAUGGGGACAGUAUGAGUGCGGGCCAGCUCAUUUCCAAGAUCCGGCAGGAGUUCCGGGUGCCUGUGGCAGGGGAUGUUCUUUUCCAGCAUAGUACUGUAGGCGCCAUCACGGCCAUCAUCGAGGCAGCGAUCGCUGCUUCUGAGACACGUAAACUGUUGAUGGCCUUUAUUUCCCCCCUAAUAGGCAUUGCACUGAAAUGGCUCCUUGUUGGUCGAUACUGCGCAGGAAUGUAUCCGAUGUGGGGACCGUACCAUAUGCGGUGGUGGCUGUCACAGAAAGCGCUCCAAGUGUGUGGGAAGGGUGUGUUCGACCGUUAUGGCAGGAGCCGGAUCUGGUACUAUCGAGCUUUGGGUGCACGUAUUGGACGCAAUGUCUCUAUCGACGAGUUUACGGCUCUGGGGGAGUACGAUCUCCUUCACAUCGGCGACGGUGUGGUGCUUGAGAACUGCAUAUGCCGUCCAUUUGCGAGUGAGCGCAAUACCUCGAUGCUGCUACAGCCCAUCACCAUCGGAGCCAACUCCUAUGUGGGCCUUCGAUCGACCGUGGUACCUGGGACCACGCUGCCCCCCAGCACGUGUAUCGGCGCCAACUCGUCCACCUGGGAAUUCGACGAUGCGGACGAGUCCAAUCGUGAUCAAUAUUCUGCCAGGGCUAUGCAGCCCCACUGGAUCUGGCAGAUCUUGGUCGUGGGGUGGCUGCAGAUCCUUGUACACUUCGUGUCGGAAUUGCCGCGCAUCGCAGGUUUGCUCCCCAUCGUAAGUCGCUACCCGACCGUCGCGGAUGACCGUUUGCGACACACCGUGUCCUGGCUCACUAGCCGCACUCGGAUUGGCUAUUUCCUUCUCAUGCGACUAUAUUCUGCUGUAGCGGGACCAGUUGCGUGGUUCCUGGCGGUGCUUGUCGUGAAACGUGGCUUGGAUGUAAUUUGUGGCCGGCCCUCGCGAGGCCCUAUGAACACACAGCGUCCGGCUCAGAAGGUGCGACACGCGGCUCUCAGCACCAUCAUUCCACAGGGAGACAUCUCCCGCUUGUCGCAGCUCGUGGGGCCGCACUACGAGCUGGUCUCUAUGGCGGUACGACUGCUGGGUGGACGCGUGGGAAAACGCGUAUACUGGCCCCGUACUGAGUUGAAAUUGAUCCCGGAUUUUGACCUGGUGGAUAUCGGACACGACGUGGUGUUUGGCUCCCGGUCGUGCCUGGUAACGGUGGACGGGGUGGGGAGGGAGCCUAUUGUCCUCAAGGAUGGGGCCAUGCUGGGGGACCGAUCUGUGGUGCUUCCCGGGGUGACCAUUGGGACGCGCACGAUGGUGGGCUCGGGCGCGUUGCUACGGCGGAAUGGCUCCUAUCCAGAUGACAGUGUCUGGACUGGCAGCAAGCAUGGUGAUGCUGUCCGCUUCCCUCAGCUCAAGGGGAAGGGGGAUGAUGCGAAGGACUCCGGCGAUGGGGAGCGUGACACGACAAGGCCAUUCGGCCGCGCCCUCUACCUGGGGAAGGCAAACUACCGUGUGCUGGGCCAGGGGCCUAUCAUCGGGUACUCCAGCUUUAUGGUUGCCUUUACGGCCGUGUAUCCAAUGGUGGUGCCGCUGGCGGCCUUGCUGGUGCUGAGCCAUCUUCUCCCCAUGGAGGGAAUGGCAUUUGAAAUGCGAUGGUGGCGUCCAUUUGCCGUGUAUGGUGUGUUGGCUGCGGUUAUGGCGGCAGUAACUGUAGUUCAAGGAGUCGUGACUCUGGGAAUUGCUAUCACCACCAAGUGGAUACUCCUCGGACGACGACGGGAGGGCUCCUAUCCCUAUGACCGUAGCAGCUAUUGCCAGCGCUGGCAGAUCCAGCGCACCAUCGACAUUCUCAUCGAGGAGACCUUCGGUGGGAUAGGCAUCAGGUCGUUACUCAGCGGGACGGCGUACCUCUGCUGGUUCUACCGUGCGAUGGGGGCGAAAAUCGGGGCGGAUUGCGCGUUGAGCGCCAACGGUGAACCGCAUAUAUUCCUCACCGAGCCGGACCUGGUGACGCUGGGGGAUAGAGUCACGGUUGAUGAUGCUAGCCUGGUGUGCCAUCUCAACACGCGGGGGGACUUUGAGUUGCAUACGCUGAAAGUGGGCGAUCGGAGUGUGAUGCGCACGGGGUCUCGGUUGUUGUCGGGGGCGUCGAUGGGGAAGGAUGCGUGUCUGCUGGAGCAUACGCUGGUGUUGUCGGGGGAUCAUGUUGAGGAUGGCACGACGUUGCAGGGCUGGCCGGCGGAGGAGUUUAGGGGGGAUCGACUACGACCGUAG